AUGUCUACCCAACGCAUCAUCCUCAUCACAGGCGCCAACGCUGGCAUCGGUUUCUGCGCAGCCAAGGUCCUCUCCUCCUCCGGAGAGAACCACGUUCUGCUCGGCUCUCGCUCCGCCGAGAAGGGCCAGGCUGCCUUGGAUGCCAUCAAGGCCGAACAGCCAUCAGCCUCCCUCAGCUUGUUCCAUCUGGACGUCACAUCGGACGACUCGGUCGCCGCCGCCGUGAAGACCGUGGAGCGCGACUACGGCAGACUCGAUGUGCUCCUCAACAACGCCGGCAUCGCUGAUCAUCUCCGUCUCAACGAGGGACGGAAAAUCACCUCCCGGGAGGAAUUCAACCACAUCCUCAACACCAAUGUCACCAGCGUCUAUGCCCUCACAUGUGCCAUGGAGCCUCUGCUGAAAAAGGGGCGCGACCCCUUGGUCCUCAACGUCACCUCCACCCUGGGUUCGGUCGCCCUGCGUGCCGACCACGAUAACCCCGCGGCGACCGUCCUGUACGACGCUUACCGCGCCAGUAAAGCGGCCUUGAACAUGAUCGCCAUGCAACUCCGGUGGGAGUACCGCGACUGGGCACGCGUCUGUGUGCUUUGCCCCGGGUUCGUGGUAAGCAACCUUUCGGGCGCAGAGGAUAUCGAGUACAGGAAGCAGAAUGGCGCAGGGGACCCGGUGGACAGCGCGAGGGCGAUGGAGCGGAUCGUCCGAGGGGAAAGAGAUGCCGAGAUGGGCUGUCUCAUGAAUGCGCACGGGGGCUCCACCCCGUGGUAG